GGCCAUGGGGUCACCGUUGAAUAAAAAGAACAGUUUUCGAAGUUAACUAAUUGAGAAUCUUUUCUUGUUGGCCAUAUUCAAAAUUAAGAAUCUGCCACCAGUUUUUCAAAUUCUGAUCCAUUUUGCCAUAACAAACUAGUAUUGAGACCUGCGUCUCCAAACCAAAGACAUUCCAAGGUUACGGUGGAAUGAACAAAAAUACGAAGAGUGAUAUAUCAGGAUCAGAGAAGAGAAGGAAGCGACAGGCAAGGAGGAGGAGGAGGAGGAAGAAACUUAUUAUCACAAUCUAACGAAAGGGGUUUGAGGUUUGGUUAUGAUGAUGGACAGAGAGAGGGAGAGAGAGAUAGAGCUAGAGAGUGCAAUGUACACUAACUGUUUAUUGUUAGGUCUUGAGCCGGCAAUUAUCGGAAUCGGAUGUUCCGGUGGCAUCCCUCGAGUUGGACUCUUCCGCCAUUCCAACCCGAAAUUGGGGGAACAGCUCCUCUACUUCAUUCUUUCCUCCCUCAGAGGCCCAAUUCAAUCCGCCAAAGAUUUCGAUAAGGUUUGGCCAAUUUUUGAUUCGGCGCAGUCACGUGAUUUUCGUAAGGUUGUGCAAGGGAUUAUUAGUGAGCUCGAGUCUCAGGGUGAACUUCCACGGAGCAAUUCAAGGGUUUCUUCACUUGCUACGUGUUGUGGACCUAGGUUUGUUGAACUUCUGUGGCAACUUUCAUUGCAUGCUUUGCAAGAGGUUCAUAGACGAACAUUUGCAGCUGAUGUUGCUUCUAACCCGCUGCCUGCACCAUUGACUGAUGUAGCGUUUUCACAUGCAGCUACAUUACUUCCUGUUACGAAGGCAAGAAUAGCCCUUGAAAGAAGGAAGUUUCUUAAAAAUGCAGAAAUGGCUGUACAACAGCAGGCAAUGUGGUCAAAUUUGGCUCAUGAAAUGACUGCUGAAUUUCGCCGCCUUUGUGCUGAAGAGGCUUAUUUACAACUAGAGCUGGAGAAACUACAUGAGUUGAGGAAUAAAGUGAAGUUAGAAGGAGAACUGUGGGGUGAGCUUGUAUCCACCUCCAGUCAAAAUUCCCAUAUAGUUUCAGAGGCAACUCGCCUUUGGGAGUCUAUAUUAGCUCGUAGAAGUCAACAUGAAGUUCUUGCAUCUGGCCCUAUUGAGGACUUGAUAGCUCACCGUGAGCAUAGGUAUCGAAUCUCAGGCUCCUCUUUGCUUGCAGCAAUAGACCAGAGUUCAGGGGCUCCUAUUUUGGGUGUAAUAUCUGGUCAGCCUGUGGAUUCUCCUAUUGUGCAUAUUGAUGACAAUGAUGACAUGGAGGACGUUGAUGGAUCACAUCUUAUUCUUAGCAAAGAGACAUCGACAAGAGUGGCUGAUAAAACUGGUAAAUUUCAUCAAACAGUUGAUGUAGCUGAGGUUAUAAGGCGUUGGACACAUGCUUUGCGAUGUAUUCAUAAACAAUCACUUCAUUUGGCAAAAGCAAAUGAUGGAGAGGGUCCUGAUAUACUGCGAAGUGCACAAGAACAUUGUUCAAAAGGUCAUGCAGAGUCUUUAGCAGCAACUCUUGCUGAACAUCAGCAACACUUGGCUAGCUUUCAGGUGCUAAUUAACCAACUCAAGGAAGUUGCUCCAGCAAUACAAAACUCCAUAUCCGAGUGUACAGAUAAGGUGAACAACAUCACUGCCAAUCUUCCUCCAAUGAACAGACUUCAUGGCCGAUCAACAUCACCUAUUAAGACAAAGAGUAGUGGGAGGAUGGACUAUGGCAAUGAUGAUGUUGGUGAGGUGACUUCAAGAAUAUCCAAUGUUCGGAUUGACAGGGUGUCUGUUAGUCCUCCCACUUUAAAGCUUCCUCAAUUAUUAAGCUUCAUCCCAUCUUCUGGGAAAGCUGGAAAUUUGGUGAGGCGGCAGGGUACAGUUCCUCAAGCCAGCCAAAUUGAGAAUCUUCUUGAUAGGAAAUCCUUGGAUCCUCCUUCAAGUACUCAAGUAGAGACUCUACCGGAAGGUGAUGAUUUUUCUGAUGUCCGGAAUUUGAAGAGGUCAGUGAGGGAAACUGCACUGCUAUUGCGGCCAUGCAGUUCAGCUUCAUCACGAGACAGUCAUUCUGAUGGAAGUUCUGAGCACUUCUUUGUUCCUCUUUCGGAAACGGGUUUUUCUCAUUUAGAUGCUGAAAAAAGGACAGUUUCAUCUCAGAGUAAAGGGUCAUUUGCAUCUCCAACGGAUGAUUCUCUGCUUGAGAGUCAUGCUUCUAAUGGUCUUGAGAAGAGCAAGUCCGAUGAAUUUCCAGAUUUGUUUACCGAUUUGGAAAGACUUUCUGAUUGUGACAGUGUAAAUGGGUUUCUCUCAUACACUGGUUCAAAUACAACUUCUGAUGCACAAUGGUCAAUCUAUGACUUGGAGGGUGCUCAGGAUCAAGUCUUCUCACCACAUCUGCUAACGGAUUCAUUGCUUUUAGCAGAUUCAUUUGAGGACUUGCUAGCUCCCCUCACGGAGACUGAAACGGCCAUGAUGUUGAGCACUGACUCUUUAUAAUUUGGGUGACCUCUGAACGAGGAGACUGCUUGAAUACUUGAUUAUGGAGGUAGGUUAUAUUCAUGCCUUUGGUGGGAUACAUAGGCGGACCUAUGUUAAACUCAGUGGGCCGCCGUGAAAUCUUUGGAACGCACACAUAUGCAGUUAUGCAAUUCAUAUAAUUCCUCCACCUUUUUUUUUUUUGGCACUUAUUAGCCGGGUGCCUGGUUUGCGGUGGGGUAGGGGAAGCAGGGCAAGCAGAUUCUAACAUGCAACUUUACACUUUAUUACGCUAUUCUUUCCACCACAGUUCCCCAUACAUCAAUAAAUGGCAUAGCAAUAUCAAAGGAGAUAUAACAUUAUAAAUCGAAAGUCUGAAU